AUGGCCCCUACUCAAUUGGAAAUUAAAACAAAAGCUUUGCAAAGACUAAUCAAAGAGGAAAGUUAUUACAAAGAAGAAAUUAAAGAACAAAAAGCCAAUGUGGAAAAAUUAAAGCAAGAUAGUAAUGUCGAUCCUUAUGAUCUUAAGAAACAAGUAGAAGUAUUAGAAGAUACUGAAAGAUUACUGCCUACGUUAUAUACUAAGAUUGAAGAGUUUAAAGAGAAUUUGGAACAAUUCUUACAAUCAUAUGACGGUCAAGAAGAUUUGACAGAAUCUAAAGCUGCAGUAGAAGAGGCAAAUGCAUUCAUUCAGGCCAGUAAAAAGUAA